GGAGAGAGCGCGUGGACACCUGACGAAGACAGAGAGUGAAAAUGGGAGGAAAGCUCAGCAAAAAGAAGAAGGGCUACAGUGUAAAUGAUGACAAAGCCAAAGACAAAGAUGCCAAAGCAGAGGGGGCAUCUGUUGAGGAGAGUGAAGCCACAAAGAAAAUGAAAGACGAAACCUCGGCCGCUGCUGACGAUAAGGAGGUAGCUAACGACACAGUGGUCAAGGAAGUGUCAGCAGCAGAUGCUGCAGCGCCCAAAGAGGGAGAAAAAGACGCCGUGAAGGAACCGGAGAAGCCUGCCACCAAAGCAGAGUCGAAAACAGAGGCACCCAAGAGUGCAGAGCCCAACAAGGCUGAAGAAAAACCAGCUGCCCCUGCCACCAAGGAGCCCGAGGCCAAGACCGCGACUCCCGCCCCAGCGGCUGACAGCAAAGACGAGGCUGACGCCAAAAAGACUGAGGCCCCCGCAGCCAAAGCCGCUUCUCCUGAGCCCAAGCCGACAGAGGCGGUGGGGACAAAGGAGGCCACUGCCCCUAGUUCAACACCAGCCAACGAACCCGCCGCAGCAGGCAAGGAGGUGAACGCCACAGAGGCACCAAGCAAGGAUCAAACCGUAGCAGUUCAAGAUUAAUGGACGGCUUCUUUUCGGAACCGAAUAAGUACAUAACUCCACAACAACGAAGUGCAAAAAGAUGAAAGUGAAUUUAACGAGCCCGCCCAUAUUAUAAUCAUAAUAAUGAUGAUGAUGGUGAUGUUUCGCUGAAGGAGGAGGAGCAAACCACCGCAGAAUUGUUUCACGCUGGUGCAGAUGAUUAUGGCUAUUAUUAUUAUUGUUAUCUUUUAUUUUUUCUCCUCUCUAGUAUUUGAACUUUGAUACGAGUUUAUGUCACUCAUACGCAUCGCUGUUCCUAGUCCAUCUCCCUCAUAUGGUCACAAAGAUUAACCCGACUCCUGCCUUGGCCCUCAGAUGGCCUGUGUCUGGACUUGCGUGGGGGUCUCUUUGAAAACCAGUCGGGGUUCCACUCUUCGCCGUGUCCUUCAGAUCCACCUCUUCAGAGCGUGCUGUUCUCCACUUUGGUGUGGUACCUCCACUACUUUUUGGUGCUGUGGAAUUGUGCUUGUUCCCAUUUUUGACACAUGCCUUCCCUGGCUUCAUGGUGUGGUUGGGUUGUGGUGCUACCAUUUUCCUUUUGGGUUUAAAAACCACUUUGCCCCAAAAGCCCAGAAAGAGUGGUGAUACUUUAUUUUACACAUUCUGUAAUUUUAGCUCCACUUUCCUACAAAGUUUCCUGUGAAGGACUGUGUACUUUGGUAUGAAUUAUGAGGAAGAACAUAUGUUCUUGUGUCAUAGAGAAGAUGGGAGCAGAUUGUUGAUGAUUUGGAUUAUGAGUGAUUUCCUGUGUGGAAAUUGGUUUUAAAUGCAAAUCAUUCCAGCUUCUAUGUUUCUGAACAAAGUACUUGAUGUUGAUUUGGACCAAUUCCAGAAUGGAGCUGUUUAUUGUACUAGUAGUUUAGUUUAUAAAGUAAAUGUGACCUGAGAAACGAUGCACAGAUACACACUCAGAUUGGGGUGACCUCAUAAUUCUGACAGCAAAACAUAGCAAUCAAUUUAAUCCACUUUAAUCCGUUGAUUGUUUUUAUAUUUUAAAAAUGAUCAAUAUUCAAUUUACUGGAAUUACACAUUAUUAAUUGGAACAUGGCCUUUUGUUGUUCUUAUAAUUCUUUGCCAAAUGUCAGUCCUCCACAUAAAUGUUCCAAAGAAAUUUCACAUAUCAGUUCUGUUGUAGGAAAUAAAAACAACAAAAUAUGUAAAAUAAAAAGUUACCAAAGACAUUCAACAAGUGUGAUGACGAUUGAGUUUAGACCUUCUGAGACAUGUUGGAGGAUGUCAAAUACUGGCAAUGCAGAACAAAAUGCAUUUUUAGACACGUAAAUCCAGCAGAUUUUUCAAAUGAAUUUCUACAUUUUGUACGAAAGCCUUUAGAUAUAUUGUAAGGCAAAUUUUUAACAUUUGUAAUACAAAAAAAUCUGCAAAGCCACACUCUCCAGUCUUCUUUGGAAGUCUGGAUUCCAAAUCUCAUUACAAAAUACAAAUUUUUCUGACAACAUUGUGAGACUUGUUUAAAACUUUUAAAUAUCUUUUGGAGAUAUAAAUGUUUAAGGUCAUGUCUUACUCGUUGUUUGCUGCAUCAUUGGGAGAAUUUGAGAAAACUGAAAUAAAUAAAUAAAAAGUCAACCAGCUGCACAGCUUUUUAAUUUAUGCAACUUUCAGGGGAAUAAACUGGCUCAACUUAUUCUCUUUAUACAAAAUGAUAUUUUACACCUUAAUAUUAGCAGUAUAAUCAAAUGCCAAGUUCUGUGUUCUUAAAACAGUAGAUUAUUUAAACUUAAAAUUAUGCAUUGAUCCAAGUGGUAGUAUAUACCCAGGGAUUGAUCCAUCAACCUUGUGGUUUAUGAAUAACCCACUGUUUUACCGCAGCCAUGGUUACUAGCAGUUUAUCUUCUUUACAUUAUUCUUCCUAUUCAGCUACUGGUUUGUUUUGCUAAAUAUUUCUGAAUACAAACAUAGAGUUUGGUGGAUUUAGGUCUCAGGACUUCCAGCAUGGCUUCAGUUUCCAAAAGUUUUGUUUUCAGUACAUUUAAACUUGAGACUGUUGUAGAUUUAAUGAGUAAUUAAGUUAACUGACCUGAUGUGUCAUUUUGAUUCAUCAAUAUUGAUUAUACAGUAGUAGUAGUAGUAGUAGAAUCUGAAAUGGGUCAUUAGCGAUCAGCUAGUUUCCAUGGUGACACCAUAUUUAUCAUUAUGGGAUGAGAAAGCCUCGCACAUGAAAGGGAGCCUCUGAUAUUGUCAUUUUCAGCCCUCAUGCAUUUUUCUAAUCAGUCAUAUAAACAUUGUAAUUGUACAUAUGUGCAGUGGUGACAUUAAUCUACUUAAGUAAAACAGAAAUACUGCAUUUAAAGUCCUGUCUCCAGUUUUUUAUUUUAUUUUAUUUUUUUACAUUCUAGCAGUAAGUAUGCUCAGAUAGUGGACUUUUUUCUUUCCCACAAUUUUAUUAGUGCAUGAAAUUUAUUGUAUUGGUAAAAUGAGAAGAAAAAUCAAGAAUUUUUCAUGUUCAGCAUUGAUUCAAAGAUCCACAACUGCUCUACUUAAGUGGGUACUACUUACACCUUUGCAUAUAUGCAUAUAUUUAGUCAUUUCUGCCAAUAAUUGCAAACAGUUCCAUUUUGACCCGCAAUGUUUCACUCCCAGCUCGUGUCAAACUGUAGCAGAAUCUUUGACGGAGCGUUUGCGCGUCACUCACCUGGUUCUUCUUCCUCUUUGACUCGGUGAAUUGCAUGUCUGUGAUUGGGUGAACCUGUAGUCCUGUCUUUUUGGUCAAGUGGGGAAAAAUAAUUAUUUUCAGUCUGCAUCCACGACAGUUGAUAUUUUCAUCCCGUGUCACCUCUGCUAUCUCCACACCACUUUGUCAAACAAAAUAAUAUGGAAAUUGAUGCAUUCAAAACUAUAUGUACUUGUAUAAAUGCAACAAUAAUAAAAUGUAAGAAAUUGAUUGAAACGUUA